GGGGCAUGGAUUGAUGAUGGCAAACAACGGAGCCCCGGAAACACUGGCAUUCCAUUCUCAUUGAACACCAAGAGUACGGCGCCAACCAGAAGCUUCUGUGUAGCAUACGGAUAACCUGGAAAGGUUCCGGCCUUUGACAGAGAGGUGGCUCAAAGGCCUUCCAUGAAUCCAUAACCGUCUCCUGUGUUUCCCAAGAAAGCCCACGUCUCUGCCGCCCGACUUGUUUACGUAGUGUGCUGCAUGCAAUAUAUGCAGGCCGGUGUAUCACUCCUGCCUCCCCAUCCGCCUCGUCUCGAACAUCAGCGCUGUUUACCUUUUUGCAAAGACCGGUCUCCUGUCUCCGCUUCCGCCAUACCUGCUCUCAGAUAGACCAAACGUUGGGUGAUCCACGAUCAGAGCCACGAAGCCGGAGGUCACUACCACCUCCUUAGUUUCCAGGGUCCUUGCGCUUGUUGCUACUGUUACCCCUCCAAAGUUGGGUUUCUGACUUCGUUGGCCCCUCCCAACCUUUUUGCUCCCAGACGACAACACAUGCCAACUCUUCCGAGAGUCUCCGCCAAAACCUUCGACCCGCUGUGAAAAUUGAAAGUUCCUAGUCAUCUCUACCAACUUGCACUUUUAAACAACACUCUCGUCCGUCUCCUCAUCGCACACGAACAACCCUUGCUAGAAACAACCCGGCUUCUACCCGCUUCACACAACGACCCAUGGCCUCAACACGUGAGCGCCGAAUCUCCAAGGAGCUCAGCGACCUCCAAAAUGACCCCAACUCCGGCGUCAGCGCCCACCCCGUCGACAACAGCCUCCUUCACCUCAAGGGCAUCUUCCCUGGACCCCCCGACACCCCCUACGCCGGCGGCAACUUUCAGGUCGACAUCUUGAUACCCGAAAACUACCCCUUCAAAUCCCCAGUCAUGAAGUUUGACACCAAAAUCUGGCACCCAAACGUCAGCAGUGUGACGGGUGCCAUCUGCCUCGACACCCUCGGCACAGGCUGGUCCCCAGUCGGCACCAUCAAAAUGGCCCUGAUCUCCCUCCGCAUGCUUCUCGAAUCCCCCAACCCAAAGGACCCGCAAGAUGCCGAGGUGGCCAAGAUGAUGCUCGAGCAACCCGAGGCCUUUGCCCAAAAGGCGCACGAGUGGGCAGUCAAGUACGCCGGCGCGCCGAGGAGGGACACACCUGUGCACAACUACCAAAAGGUUGCUCCGCCCCCGCCGAGGGCGGACGAUCCGGAGAGGUACCAAGGCUACAACAAAGACCUCAUCGACCGCUUCGUCCACAUGGGCUUUGACCUUGACGCCGUGGUCGAGGCGUUCAACUAUGUUGGUAUUGAUCGCAACGGGGGCGAGGACUACGUGUUGGAGGAGGCUUACAUGGGGGAUAUCACUGCGCGGUUACUCGGUGAGCAGUGACGGGUUAUCGUGGUGGUUUCAACCAACCUGGGCGGGGCAACGACAGCAAGUGUAAUCAGGAGGGAGGGGAUGUCUGUGGUAGUCCUUUACGUUUGCAUUGGGGAACGGAGUUUUAUGGCUAUGGGCAGAUUUAAUUGGGGGUGGUGUUUGUGACUUCGAUGUCUUUACAGGGAGUACUGGCUUUCUUUUCUUUCCUUGACAAUUAGAGCCCGGCUCUGGAUCGGGGCUUUGGUGCUGUAUUUAUGGUCCUGUUUUCACAAGUGGAGAGUAUAACUAAUAUCUCUGCGUUUUUCAUCAUUGUGAGCGUUGGUUUCUAUAUACAUGUCUUACGCAUUCUUCUGUUUCAACAGGUUGUUGUGUUUAGGCACGUAUAGUCAGGUCUUUCAUGAUUCAGUCACAACAUAUGACCUAAAUUAUUUUUAAGCAGCUUUACAAAAACAGGAAACCUUGCCAUGCACACAUACACGACAGAUUAGGUAUGACCCCCAAGCCCGCCGUUAACCCCCCCACCGCCGCCAGUCUAUAAAGAUUCAAGGAUAUGAUAAAAUGCAUCAAGGGGCAAAAGUGGCUGUAUCACACACGCAGUAUCUCUUCGUCCGAAGUGUCCCGGCGCCCAAAAGUUAAUCCUCUCUAGUAAACCCCCCGCCCUGAUGUACUGAACCGCAUCCGCUUGCUGUUAAACAAAAGUAGAAAAAACAUGUACAGUGAGUGGCUAGCAAGAAACUAGCAUGGCAUUUCACCUAUGACUUCGUUCUUUCAAAGGAGGUCACGUCUGACGAACUCGUCACGGAGGGCCUUGCCCAAGCUGGCGGGCGAGCGCUCGACAACAACACCGGCAGCCUCGAGGGCCUUGAUCUUGGAGUUGGCAUCACCCUUACCACCGGCGACGAUGGCACCGGCGUGACCCAUGCGGCGGCCGGGGGGAGCAGAGAUACCGGCAAUGAAAGAGACAACGGGCUUGCCGCCGUUGACGGUGUUGUACUGCUUGAGGAAGUCGGCAGCCUCCUCCUCGGCGGAACCACCAAUCUCACCGAUCAUGAUGAUACCAUCAGUCUCGCCGUCCUCGAGGAAGACCUUGAGGCAGUCGAUGAAGUUGGUGCCGCUGAAGGGGUCACCACCGAUACCGACGACGAGGGACUGACCGAGACCAGCCUGGGUGGUCUGGUUGACGGCCUCGUAGGUGAGGGUACCGGAUCUGCUGACGAUACCGAUGCGGCCGCGCUUGUGAAUGAAACCGGGCAUGAUGCCGAUCUUGC